ACAACCUCACAUCCCUACGUCAGUUGGAGAUUUCUAAUUGUGGGAAACUAAAGUAUCUUCCCACUGGGCUACAAAUCCAGGUCUCUCUUGAGCAGUUGAGAAUAGAGAAUUGCCCUAAACUAGAGACUGUUCCAAAUGUAGACAACCUCACAUCCCUCCGUCAUUUGAAGAUUCAGAAAUGCGAUGGAUUAACAAGUCUACUGAGUAAGUUGCCAUCCUGCACAUCUCUUGAGCUGUUGUCUAUUGAGUCCUGCAACAAUUUGAUAUCAGUUGCGGAAGAUGUAUCCAAUCUAAGUUCUCUUUCCUCAUUAAGCAUAAAAGAUUGUGGCAAAUUAAAAUAUUUUCCGAGAGGGCUUCAUUGUCUCACUCGUUUGAAGGAAUUGGAAAUAGGUGGUUUCUGUAAAGAGCUUGAUUCUCUGCCCGAAGAAAUCAAGUACCUCCAUUCUGUGACAUCUUUGUCUAUACAAUCUUUUAAUGGCAUGGAGGCUUUGCCAGAGUGGUUUGGUAACCUUACAUCUCUUACCAGCCUACAUAUAGACAGUUGUGAGAAUUUGACGCAUCUGCCUACAAUCAAAGCUAUGCAACACCUCACCAAAUUUCAAACGCUAUGGAUUGUUAGAUGUCCCCGUGUAAAGGAAGGAUGCAUUGAGGACAGCGGGUCAGAAUGGCACAAGAUUUCUCACAUUCCAUAUAUCAGAG